AUGUCGUCCAAGGCGGUUAUUCUCGUCACUGGCGGUUCUGGUCUCGUCGGCUCUGCGAUCAAGCAUAUUAUCGAGACGGAGCCCGUCGGUUCACGCUUUGGCAAGCGCGAGGGCGAGACGUGGGUCUUUGCAAGCUCUAAGGAUGGGAACCUGAUGUCUAUGGAGGAGACUCAGAAGCUGUUCGACAAGUACAAGCCUACGCAUGUCAUCCACUUGGCCGCUUUGGUUGGCGGGCUCUUCAAGAACAUGAAAUACAAGGCCUCGUUCCUUCGCGACAACUCGCUCAUUAACGACAACGUGAUGCACACGUCGUACGAGAAGCACGUUGAGAAGCUCAUCUCGUGCCUUUCUACCUGCGUGUACCCGGACAAGGUCGAGUAUCCGCUCGACGAGACAAAGAUCCACCUGGGCCUUCCUCACGAGUCCAACUUUGGCUACGCGCAUGCCAAGCGUAUGGUCGAUGUUGCGAACCACGCAUACAAGGACCAGUACGGCUGCAACUUCACCUCCGCCAUCCCCACUAACAUCUUCGGUCCCAACGACAACUUCGAUCUCGAGGACGCACAUGUCAUCCCCGCACUCAUCCACAAGUGCUACCUUGCGAAGAAGAACGGCACGCCAUUCAUCGUGAGCGGCACGGGCAAGCCCUUGCGCCAGUUCAUCUACUCCUACGAUCUCGCAAAGCUCUUCAUCUGGCAACUGCGCGAGUAUGACGACGUCGAGCCUGUCAUCUUGUCCGUCGGUGAGGAUGAGGAGAUCCCCAUCAAGCAAGUCGCAGAUGCGAUUGUGAAAGCAGUCGGCUUCGAGGGCGAGUACUCUUUCGACACCUCGAAGGCUGACGGCCAGUUCCGCAAGCCCGCGUCCAACAAGAAGCUGCUCAACCUCAUCGGCGGCUUCGAGUUCACGCCCUUCGAGAAGGCGCUCGAUGAGACCGUCUCCUGGUUCCUUCAGAACUACAACACCAAGGCGCGCGUCGGCAAGCCACCCGCGUAA